UUUUUUUUUUUUUUUUUUUUUUUUUUUUUAAACUGCUAAACUUCGGUCGCACCCACUGCGGUUUAUACCACUUCUUGAUGUGGUCUUCCGAGAUGAAACUGUUGUGGUUGAGGAGUCAUGGCAACCAAGACGUGGUGUAUAUCGUCGUGCUCCAAUAAUGGACUUAAGUGACAAUGAAUGGGUAAACAAUAAUGGAGAAGACAAAAGAGAGGUGAUAUUCAUGGCUUCCCAACCUAAUCUUUUGGCUUCCACUUCUAAAGGUAUUGUGGAGAAACAAACGGAAGAAGCCAAAGAAGAACCCAAAAUCAGAUUUCUAAGUGGUGUUCAAAGAGAAAAUAUUCUUAAGAAUAUUAACGACCAGUUUGGAAUUGAUUUGAGUUGGAGCUGUGUUAAAAAUCGUUUGGAUACCUUGAAGAAAUUUUACAAUAUUUAUAAAGGAAAUCCAGAAAAUCCGCGAAUUCAACGUUAUUUGCAGUUUGUCCCAUUACUUGAUGCAAUUUUUGGUAUUGCCGUCCUCUAA